CCAAUCAGCGCCGAUCACGGAGAGGACGCUUCAGGAGCCAGUUGCCUUCCGCCUUGUGGAGCUGCUGCUGCUGCUGCCUAUCUGAGUCGCCACUCGCCACCCGCCACCCGCCGAAGCGGUGUCGUUGGGGCGGUCUCAGGGCUGAGAAAUGUGUCCCCGACGCGUGGGAGAGGUGAGAGACAGCGGCGUCCAUAAAAGAGGCAAGCCAUCAUGAUUCCCAUCACGGAGCUCCGGUACUUUGCCGACAUCCAGCCGGCGUACCGUAUCCUGAAGCCGUGGUGGGACGUCUUCAACGACUACAUUUCGGUGGUCAUGCUGAUGAUCGCCGUGUUUGGCGGCACGUUGCAGAUCACGCAUGACAAGAUGAUCUGCCUGCCGUGCAAGUGGGUCACCAACGACUCGUGCGAUGCGGCGCCCCCCCGCGGCGCCUCGGCCCCGCCACAGGGGGAGCCCCGGGGCAUUCAGAACGAGCUGGACCGCCACCAGUACAGCUAUAUUGACGCCGUGUGUUACGAGAGCAAGCUGCACUGGUUCGCCAAGUACUUCCCCUACUUGGUGUUGCUCCACACGCUCAUCUUCCUGGCCUGCAGCAACUUCUGGUUCAAGUUCCCGCGCACCAGCUCCAAACUCGAGCAUUUUGUCUCCAUCCUGCGAAAGUGCUUCGAUUCCCCGUGGACCACCAGGGCGCUGUCGGAGACGGUGGUGGAGGAGAGGGACUCCAAGGCUCCAGGGAAGAUGAACGGCUCGGCGGACAAGAAGACCCCGCACCGCCAGUUGCCCGCCAGCGAGGACGUGGAGGCCAGCGCGCCCAUGCUCCAGAGAACGAAGACCAAAAUCGAGCAAAGGAUUGUGGAUCGAUCGGAAACGGGGGUUCUGGACAAAAAGGAAGGGGAGCAGGCCAAGGCUCUUUUUGAAAAGGUGAAGAAGUUCCGGAUGCACGUAGAAGAAGGAGAUGUCAUCCACCGUCUCUACGUGCGUCAGACCAUCAUCAAAGUCAUCAUGUUUUUGGUGAUCAUCAGCUACGCGAGCUACCACGUGGGCUACAUCCGCUUCAGCGUCGUGUGCAUGGUGGAUACAGAAAAGCUGACGGGCUACAGCACCUUCUACUGUGCCCACCCGCUGGCGACGCUCUUCAAAAUCCUGGCGUCGUUCUACAUCAGUCUGGUGCUGGUGUACGGCCUGAUCGCCAUGUACACGCUGUGCUGGAUGCUGCAGCGCACGCUCAAGCGCUACUCCUUUGAGGCCAUCCGCGAGGAGGGCAGCUACAGCGACAUCCCCGACCUGAAGAACGACUUCGCAUUCAUGCUGCACAUGCUCGACCAGUACGACCCGCUCUACUCCAAGCGCUUCGCCGUCUUCUUGUCGGAGGUGAGCGAGAACAAGCUGCGGCAGCUCAACCUCAACAACGAGUGGACGCUGGAGAAGCUGCGGCAGCACAUCUCCAAGAACUCCCAGGAGAAGGUGGAGCUGCACCUGUGCAUGCUGAGCGGCAUCCCCGAGACCGUGUUCGACCUGGUGGAGCUGGAGGGCCUCAAGCUGGAGUUCAUCCCCGACAUCACCAUCCCGCCCAUCGUGGCCAAGCUCCCCAACCUGCGCGAGUUGCGGCUCUACCACACGCCGGCUAAAAUCGAGUCGGCCGCCCUGACGUUCCUCAGGGAGAAGCUCAAGUCCCUGCACAUCAAGUUCACCGACAUCAAGGAGAUCCCGCUGUGGAUCUACAGCCUCAAGAACCUCAGCGAGCUGCACCUGACCGGUAACCUGAGUGCAGACAACAACCGCUACAUCGUCCUAGACGGGCUGCGCGAGCUGAAGAGGCUCAAGGUGCUCCGUCUGAAGAGCAACCUGUACAAGCUGCCACAGGUGGUGACCGACCUGAGCGCGCACCUCCAGAAGCUGUCCAUCAACAACGAGGGCACCAAGCUCAUGGUGCUCAACAGCCUGAACAAGAUGGUCAACCUAAACGAACUGGAGUUGGUGCACUGCGACCUGGAGCGCAUUCCGCACUCCAUCUUCAGCCUGCACAACCUGCAGGAGAUCAACCUGAAGGACAACAACCUGAAGACAAUCGAGGAGAUCAUCAGCUUCCAGCAUCUGCGACGCCUGGUGUGCCUGAAGCUGUGGUACAACCAGAUCGCCUACAUCCCCAUUCAGAUCGGUACCCUCAACAACCUGGAGAGGCUGUAUCUCAACAAGAACAAGAUCGAGAAGGUGCCCAGCCAGCUCUUCUUCUGUCACAAGCUGCGCCUCUUGGACUUGAGUCACAACAACUUGACCAGCAUCCCGGCCGACGUGGGCUUGCUCCAGAACCUGCAGCACUUUGCCGUCACGGAAAACCGAAUCGAGACGCUGCCGACGGAGUUGUUCCAGUGCAAAAAGCUGCGUGUGCUGCAGCUGGGCAACAACUGCCUGGAGACGCUGCCGGCGUGCGUGGGCGGGCUGGCCGGCUUGACCCAGCUCGAGCUGCGCGGCAACAACCUGGAGGGCCUGCCGCCCGAGCUGGGCGAGUGUCGGCUGCUGGAGCGCAGCGGCCUGGUGGUGGAGGAGAAGCUGUUCAACACGCUGCCGCUUGAGGUCAAGGAGCAACUGCUAGGCGCAGACAAGGAGAAAUUGUGACAGCUUUUUUAGUUUUUUUGUUGCUUUGCGAAGGUAAGUCGAGGCCGUGCACCUUUUUUUGUGACGUGAGAGUCACAAAUGGACCUUGAGAAACCUUAAAUGUCCCUCACGCAUGCUCCAAUUCACCGAUUGUGUGAUCUUAACACUUUUGGCCUUAAAAGUCAAUAAGAACUGUGUCGCUUAGUGUGUGGUGUGCCACCCAGGCUCUGUGAAAAGCCCCCUUUUUUGUAUUUUUAAUCAGCAUGUUGGAGUCUUUUUGCAUGGGCUAUUGCACUGCUUAUGUGUCAAUGGACCACAUUACGGAGUCUUUAUGAUCCAAACUGUUGAAAUGGAAUAAGACAAGGGCUGUGUUCGGAACCUUUCACUCAUUCCCUACUCCCUUUGUAUGUACUGGACUAUAGAAUUCACUCGUCAGUCAAAUGAAAAAUAGUUUUGGAAUGCUACUCGGAUGCGCCCUUAACUGAUUCAUUGUCGUGGCCGUUUGUAUUUGUCAACUGGCGUCCGACCAUAUACUUCCACCAGCGUUUCUCUGUCAAGUAUGUUUUUCAAGUACGCGUCGAAGAGGGUCUCACCCAGCAAAAUGAAUACGAAGCAUUUUAUGUCCAUCUGUGUUGCGAUCUGUUGCUUCUUUGGUAUCGGCGCAAUGCAAUUACGUUUUGUGGGCACAAUCGAGGGGAUAACCUAUACUCACUACACAUUCCAACAGCCCUACAACGUAGCCAACUCACUAUGUAGGGCGCUAUAUCGUGGAUAGGGAGUGAUUCCCAACACAGCCACGUUCACGUUUACGUUAUUCCAGCCUUCUCGUUUUUUUGCUUUUGCAAGCUAACUUGACAUUUUUUGCUCCUUUAGAGGCAAUUGCGUAGUGAAAGGAAUGUUUUAUAAUGCAGAGAGAAUGUGUGUUAUUGAUUCAUCAGGUCCACUGCAGCCUCGAUUGAAUUAUUCCACGUGACUUAGCAUGCUGCUAACACAGCCUUAAAUUCAGUUGUUGUUUUUUUUAAAUACAAGCUUUACUAGUUUGCAGUACUAAACGUUUACUCACGAAAGGAAUGCGCUCCUACAGUUGCCUGAUUUUUGUGUAUUUAUUCUACUAUUAAACUUUUGCCAUGUUUGAGUAAGUCAGUGUUUGCCAACCUUAAUUGAGGCAAAACAUGUUUUCAAUCCGAAAAAUCUCAUGGCAAACCAAAUUAUCACAAAUGUAAUGAAAUAACGGUGAUCUCAUUUCAAUUUGCUCAUAAAUUUACACACUUGGCGUUAAAUGUGGGCCUGGUUAGUUGAAAAUAAAGUUAUUCUGUUGUAUGAAUGGCAACAGGUGGAUACAUAUCUUAAAUGGACCUUCUGCCAUCUAGUGGAAGAGCUUUUAAUUGUCCUGGCUGUCACGAUACAUCGCUGGCAUGGAUAGAUGAACAUACAUAAAUUCUAGUGAAUAAAUGAAAACCUCUGUAAAGUGAAAAUAAAUUUGAAAAGCUCGAGACGAGUGUUGCUAACAACCCUGCCAAUUUCUGCUGAAUGCGCUGAAACAACUUCCCGCUCAGCUGUCAGCUGUUAAUCCAAAUUAGAGCAUAUUUCUUCUCCCUACGCAACCUUACGCCUACGUUGAAGCCGCAAAAAUAUGAAGCCUAGGGUGGCCGGUCGUAGCGGUACUUUUCCAUGCUGCGACAACGAGGCGCGCUAAUGCCAAGCCCCUGUCCACAUUACGCCGGGGCUCAGAGGCUGCCUCUCUGCAGCCCGUGAACGUGAGACAAGGCACGUGUUUGAUUGACAGCUGAAAGUUGCGGGGAGGCGGGGUUUUCAGAGCAUUCAAUGACCCGCCCACAGCAUCGGCAAGAUGAAAGAAUGUCUCAGUGCCUGAUUUCGCGUACUUUUAUUUUUGUAUUCAUUCAUUCACUGUCCAGCUUGUUAACAAGACUUUUCUCAGAUGUCUUUUUUUUUUUUUUUUAAUUGAGAUUUUUUGGGCCUCUAAAGAGGGUCUUUAAGAAAAAUUGGAUCGUUUUCAGAGUCAGUGUUCAAAGUCUGUUUUUUAACAUUAUCUGGUAUGAAAGCGUAAAAUAAUUUAUUUGAUUGUUUAUUUAGCACAAUGUAAAAACAGUGCAAAGAUGGAAUCAAGCCGGACGAGCUUGCACAGGAUUGAAUGACUUUAUAAGAAAAGUGUACAGAAACUGCAAAACUAAGGCAACUUCACGACGGGUGCGUGCGCCCGUCAUGAACUUGGACGGUCCGCCGUAGGGCGGCAGCUGUGCUCUUUACAAAACAAAAACAAAAAAAAAACGCUCUUCACUUCCUGCUACCUUGAAGGUCACUCUGCGGUACACAGGAAGUUAAUGAUUCUUGUAAAUCGCCUACGCCCGUGCGGAAGGUCUUAAAGGGGACGCACUAUUUAAAAGGUUUGAAUUGCUUGCAUACAAAAAGUUGCCUGCCCACCCAGCAAGUGUGACAAUAAACCGUAACCUGAGAAGAACAAAAUAAAUGACCCACAGCGACUUUCUCCACACGUGACACGAUCAGCUAGGCUCAGGGAAGAUCCAGAGCCACUUUCGAAACCAAACUCCCAAACUAGGCUCUGUAUGAAACACUUUGCAUGCGUAGGCACUAUCUUAAAGAAAUCCCCAAAAGCUUCGCAAGCUACUAGGUAAGCAGAGCUGCGUUGGCCAAGGCAGUAUUUGUGCUUUGGGAUUUGUCAAAUGCGCCACAUAUACACAGCAUAGUGUGUGAAGUGCUGCUGCCACAAAUUAAUUUAAUUUUAUUUGUUUAAAUAUAUAUUUUUUUUUUUACGUAAUUGCUGCUGUUGAGCUCCCCUUCAACAAGUAGAAGUUGUUGCCAUGGUAAUUGCCUCUGCAGUAUUUGGGUGGGGCAUGCUCACUCCUUGAACAGGCUGAUUUCAGCAGGACAAGAAAUUGUGUGAAGUGUGGUAUAAUUCUUUUUGGAUGAAAGCAUUAUUAAAACACCUUGGAUCUGUUUUUACUUGUGAAAAAACAACAAUGUUAUGUUUCCUUUUUGUCAGUGAAAGGAAGCCAUACUACUAAUGUGUAGUAAAUGUUUUUGGAAUGUAAAUUUAAAUGCCUUUAUUCGUUGCACUUUUUGUACACUUGUGACACAAUAAACUGUUUUGACACUGAGAUGUUUUGAAGAGCUACU